GCGCAAAAUCCAGUUGUGGUACACAUGUUCACUUUGUCUGCUUAUUACGCAGAGCGCGGCUGUCCCGUUGCCGCGUGCUGACCAACCGACACUGUUGCAACACGCAGAAGCUUCGUAGUUUUGGUAUUUUUUAUCACGUUUUAGGAAAGGUUUUGGGUUGUGGUGAUGGUUUUUGUAGUGUAUACGAGGACGCAUCGGUCGUUGGACCCUUGUCGCGGGCCAAGGCAAGUCUGCAGCGACGUGGCACACGUGUUAGGAGAGGCAUAAGGUCUUGGUUUAAUCGCCCUAAGCCAGGAUGUCCCUAAGUGACUACUUUGUAGUUGGUUCGGCCAGUGGGGCCUCCUCGCCGGCUCCUCCAAGUGACGAGGAGGUGGAGGAAUCGCACAGCACAUUCGUCCUCCUACAUAGCCCAAGCAAGGCACGCGGCCAGGUCAAAGGCACAUCAGCAGCUGGAGGCCCAGCGUUAACCCAUGCUAAUACCGCACCCGCAGCCGCCUCAGAUGCACCGCUCGCGCCCUCAUCGGCUGCCGCAAUGGCUGCGGAGGCUUCGGCUGCAGCAGCAAACGGCGCUGCUGCUGCGGUGGGGUGCAGCUCCUCCUCCUCCUCCUCAGAAGGCGGCUGCGAUGCUGCGGACAUGCAGCGAGCCGACACCAUCCUGCACAGCGGCUUUCAGCAGGACACCGCAGCCACUGCCGCAACUGCCGCCGGGCUGCCCGCAGUGCCGGAACCAUCGGCAGCUGCACCUGCUGCCGCGGAGGACACAACAGCAGCAGCGGCAGGCGCAGCAGCGGUUGUGGCAGAAGCUGCAGAGCUUUCCACCGUCCUGGGUGACUCGGAGUCUGCGGCGGGUGUAGCCGGCACGCCUUCCGUACACAUAGGCGCCGCAGCAGCAGCUGCUGCUGUUCCAGCAUCCGGCUGCGACGACGGUGGCGACAAUUUCGAGCAGCAGCCUACGCAUCCGCCACUCCUCACCUUAAGCCAGGACUGCCAAGGGCCCGCUCCCAGCACCAGUCCGCCGCCUUUUGAGUUCCAACACCACGAACACGACGGUAAUGCCGAUGCUGCACAUGCAGGCCAGGGGGGCGAGCUGGAGGAGGAGGAGGGCCAUGCGGGCAGUGCUGCAGAGGUUGCUGAGGUGAAGAUGGACGUGCAGACGGAGGAGCAGGUGGAGAGGGAUGAAGAGGAGGAGGAGGUGGAGUCAGGAGCGGAGACCCCUGACCCAGGUGGCGGCGGGCUGCUAGCUGGUCUUGACGAGGGGGCACUGCGGGUCAUUCCACCCGCGCUGCUUGCCCGGUUGCAGCAGCUGGAGGAGGAGCGGGAUGAGCUGGCGGGGCGGCUGCUGGAGUCAGGUGGGGGCGGAAGGCGGAGGGAGAUGACGCCGAGCUGCAUGCUCUCCGUGCCAGCUACUCCCAGCUCUUCCACAGCCACGCCAGCAGCCAGCACUGGCUCAACCAGCUGGUCACACAGCAGCUGCUGCUGGAGGACUCGGAGGGGCACUGCCACCCACGUGAACAGGAACAAGAACAACCAUUCCCGCCACGACACGCCGUGCGAAGGACCCCCGCUGGCCCGCAGGAGGAUCCCACUCCUGCUUCUCCUCCACCUACUGCCACUACCCAGCAGCAGCAAGAGCAGGUGGUAGUGUCACAACCGGACCAGCAGCAGCAGGAGGAGGAGCAGCAGCAGCAGGAGGAGGAGGAGGAGCAGCAGGAGGAGGAGGAGGAGGAGGAGGAGCAGCAGCAGCAGGAGGAGGAGGAGGAGCAGCAGGAGGAGGAGGAGGAGGAGCAGCAGCAGCAGGAGGAGGAGGAGCAGCAGCAGGAGGAGGAGGAGGAGCAGCAGCAGCAGGAGCGGCAGCAGCAGCAGGACUGUAAGGAGGAGGAAGGGAAGCAGGAGGAGGAAGAGGUCUGCGUUGCCAGGGAAGUGCAGGGGGAUCUGGGGCGCUCAGAGCAGGAGUCGCUGAAGCAGGCACCAGAAGCUACAGCGGUGGUGCUGAGGAUGGUACGAACGGCCCCGGCUGCUGCAGCAGUGGUUGCUGGUGGUGUUGCGGAGGAGGCUGUGGCGGCCAGGGAAGACAAGGGCAAGCCGCCGGCGGCCUGGGCUGCUGCUGCUGCUGCUGCUGCCCCCUGUGAUGACGCAGUCGGCAGGAGGCAGUCCGGCGAGCUGGCGGAGCGUCCAGAGGUAUUACCCAGCGUAUCUUCCUCAGGGACGGGGGAGGAGGAGGAGAAGGAGGGGGGGCGUUCUGCUUCUUCAGACAGAGAAGAGGAGGAGGAUGAGAGGGUUGCUGAGGCAGCUGGUGAGGCAGCCGUGUCCACAGAGGAGGAGGCGGACCCGAGCUCAGGCAGGCUGCGGAGCAGCGUUUGUAGCAGCAGCAGCAGCAGCAGCGGCGGAAUGGAGGCAGGCGUGGAGGAAGAAGGAGAGGAGGAGCAUGCAGCGCUGCGGGUCGACGAAAGUAUGGUGUCGGAGGCUUUGGAGGAGGUCGCAGCGGCGCAGGCAGGAGGGGGAGAAGAGGUGGUGACAUCGGCUGUGGCGGCGGCAGCGGUGGUGGAGGAAGCGGGGUCCGAGAUGCAGCCGGCACUUGUGGAUGAGGCCCAGAGGAGGGCUGCUGAGGCGCGGCAGCAGCCGCCUGAGGAGGCAGGUGGCAGUAUUGAGGAGGAGUUGCAGCGCACGGGCGGGGAGGAGGAGGAAGAGGAGGCGGGAGAGGAGGCACAGGAGAUUCGGCCAUCAGGCGACCCAGGGGUCAGUAACGCUGUCGCAGCUACUGCUGCUGCUACAAAGGGCCGCUGCAAGGCGGGUGGGGGCAAAGCAGCCGGUGUUGAGUCCCAGCAGGCUCACACCAAGGCUGGUGGUUUGGGGACACGGUUUGGGCAGCAAUCCAUGGCUGGGUUGCUUGGCUCUGUGCGCUCCUCUUUCUCCUCUCUUUCCUCCUCCUGCUACCGCUGCUGCUGCGGCUUCUUGUCACGGGGUGGCGGUGGUGGCUGGGGCGCGGGUCGGCUGCCGCUGCUGGUGGCAGUGCUGGCGACGGCGGUGCUGCUGCUGCUGCUCUCACUUGGACUCAUGGCGGCAGUCAGGAGCAGCAGCAGCAGCAGCAGGAGGGGUAGCCCCACCACCCACCUGCAAGGAGGUCUGCAUGGGUCCUCGACACUGCCUCCAUUAGGUGCAGUGACCCAUGGGUCUCCUGCUGCGUCUGCUACGGCUGGGUCCGAAGCGCGCAUGGGUGAGAUGGCCUCAACGCCAUCAGCCUUACCAGGUGGCUUGCAACCCACCUUGCAAGUCCACCCAACCGAGAGGUUAGCGGCCGUGCAGGAAGAGUCCUCACCUGAAGCUCUUGGGCCCGUUACCGUGGCGGGAGGUGGUGCUGUGGUUGCCUCGUCCGCAGAGGACUACGGCGCCCCCCAGCUGCUGCUGCAAGGCUCCUCUGCAGGGCUGCAUCAACAGCAGCAGUGCAAGGAGCGGCACAACCCCGACGAGGUCUGCGGGACGGAGGCAUUGCUGCAAGGGGAGGAACACGAGGAGGCGGAGGAGGAGGAGGGGGACAACAGGGCUGCUGCUCGGACAACAGAAAAGAGUGCUGCAACAGGAAACGCUGAAGCUGCCCCUCCGCACCCUCUGAAGUCCUCAUCACCAGCCCCGGCAAGGCAACAGCCCAUCUGCGUCGAGCUGCGGACCCUGCUAGAAGCCCUGUCAUGCGCCCCGGACACCCACUCCCUCCUCGUGGCGGGUGCUGCUGACCGCGACAGUAACAAUCGCGGCAGUAGCAGCAGCAGCAGGAGGCAUGGCGCGCAGGUGGUGAUGACAGCGGGCGAGUGCCGUAACGCAACCGGCGUGGCGGCUCCCUCGGAGCUGCUGCUUCCCCGGGGGCCGCAGGUCCGCCGGGCAAUGCAGGCUCUGGAUCAGCGCUGGCGGGAGCUCACUCAAGGGGUGGCUGCUUCUGCUGGCAGCAGCAGUAGCAGUAGCACCGCCACCAAGGGAAGUGACCCGGCGGGUCGGCGUGCAGGCUGGACCCAGGAGAAGGGCCCAGGAGCAAGAGGAUGUACCAGGACCAUGAGCCCGGCGGGAGCUCCUAGGAAGGGCCAAAAGCAGGUGGAGGAAGCUGAUGAUGAGGAGGCGGUUGCCGGCCAAGCGGUUGCAUCCUGGGCGGAGUCCGGGCUGCUUGCUGCGCUGCGGCCGCUGGUGCGGGCGGUGGUGGAUGAUGAUGAGCUGCCGGAGCGCAUGAACGCGGCACACAAGGCGGUCUUGCUAGCUGAGCGGCUGUGCUCUCAGCCCGGGGGGCACUCCGCCGCCGCCGCCACCCUCACCUCGGCCCGCCUGCAUGCGGCACUGGGCGACCUAGCUGCGGUGGUGGAGGUGCAUGUGGACCCGAGCUACCCGGGAGGGGCGGCGGCGGCGGUGGCGGGUCGGCUGGCGCGGGAGGCGAGCUGCCUGGGCUGGCAGGCGGAGCGGCUGGAGGGGCUAGCGCAAGAGCGGGCGGUGGAGGCGGCGGAGGCGGAGGACCGGGCGGAGAAGGAGGAGCGGGGCGAGGAGUGUAGGCGGCGAUGCAGUCCCCGGUCCCGGCUGCGAGCCGCGCUGCUAAGUCUGGGAGUGCCGUCACGCCUGGUGGACACAGCACUGCCGCCGCUGCCUGCGCAUCACCCGCUGGGAGGAAGUGCCUCCGGAUCUGGAUUUGGAUCCGGUCUGGAUGAGUUGUUGGAUCCGGUUGAGGUGUGGAUCCGCGGCUCCCGCCACCUGCAAGAGUGGCUGGGGGCAGCCCUGGGCGGGGAGGAGGAGGCGGCGGAGGAGGAGGGCCACAAGCUUGGUUUACGUGGAUUACAUGACCUUCGUGGCAUACACAUGGACGAGCUACAGCAGCGCAUGAGGGCCGCUGCACGAGCCACCGAGCGGGCUGUACGUGGCAGCGCGGCAGCGGCGGUUAAGACGGCGGCGGCGGUGGCGGUGGAGACGGCAGCGGCGGCGGCGGCGGCGGCGACGGGGCUGCUGGGAAGCGGAGGCGGAGGCGGCGGAGGAGCGCAUGAGUGGCGGAGGCUGCAGCGGGUUCUAGCGGAGGCGUUGGGAGCGCAUGAGGUGGAGGGGGAGGAGGAGAAGUACGGAUGGGGACAUGGCGGUGGUGACUGGGUGGAUGUUCUGAAUGGCUUGGUGGGUGGUGGUGGUGGUGGUGGUGGUGGUGGUGUGGAGCGGUGGCGGCAGCGGCUGCCUGAUGGGCUGAUGGAGGGGCUACGUGCGGCGGUGCGGCGAGCCUACCGGGCGCAGGCGGCGGCGCUGCACUGCGACUGUCACGAGGAGGAGCAGGAGGAGGCGGGACAACAGGGGGAGGAUGGGAAGAAGGGCCGCACUGGGCCCGCAGGCAGCAGCAGCAAGCGACAAGGCAGGAGCAGCAGCAACAGAGGAGCAGCGGCGGCGGGAGUUGAUACCGCGUGUGUUGGGCGGCUGGAUGAGUUGCUGCGGCAGGCGGCGGAAGCUACUGCCGCCACCGCCGCUGGUGCUGGUGCUGGUGGUGGUACCUCUGAUGAUGCCUCGGUUAGGCAGCAGGCUAGGGCUCCGGCGAGGGCAGCGGGAAGCAGGCAGCAGGAGAGGGCCACACGUCGAUCCGACGGGGACUGUCAGCGGCGGGGGCGGCACGGAGGCGGCGGCGGCAAGGGCUGGGGGGACCAGGUGUGCGGCGGCGACGGAGGUGAUGACGAUGAUGACGGCAGCCGUACGGCAGUGUCGUACUUGUCGCCGGGUGUACUGCGUCGCAUGGUGGUUGCCGUACGGCGGUUGCGUGCUGACGUGGGUGAGCUAGGAGAGGCGGCGGGGCGGGUGCGGGAGCGGUGUGUGGGGGUGGCGGAGGGGGUGGAGGCGUUCCGGCGGCGGCGGCAGGAGGAGGGGCCUGGGCGCGUGUGAGAGGGAUGGAGGUGGGGGACGGGGAGGGCAGUGGUGUGGGGUACGGGGAGUACGGAAUAGGCGUGUGUGUAUACAUCGUACGUUUAAAGAAGCUUCUGGGUGUAGGUGUGUGGGAUGGUAGGUGGCGUGUGUAUGCUGGGGACUGUGCUGAGUGUGGUGAGGGGUUGGAGAGGGGUGAGGGGUCUCGUUUGUAUAGCGACUUUGGCGACAUUGGAUGAUUGGGAGGUUGGACAGUGCAGGCGGGUACAUGCACACUUCCUUUUGCUUUGUUGUUCUUACCGUAUUUUGGCGUUUGCGGCUGCGCGUUUAGGAACUGUGUGCGUGUGUGCAGUCGAGAAGAUGAUGUAUUAUAAACGAAGAGCCGUGAGGUGCCCGCCGGCAUUGUUGUCUAUCUUCGGUGUGUAUCCUAAGGCAGGCGAGUUGCAAGCUGGGAAUGCCCUCGCGCAGCUCCGUUGGCGCAGACGCGUUGCCCUUCGGCACCUGCAUAACCUCCAUGCAUAAGUUGCAAAGUGGAUGACCUGUCGGCUUGUCAGGCGUGGAUACUGUAUCGGUAGGUCGCAAGCAGUUUUGUUGAACGAGUUCCACCCUCUGCUUUCGAGGUCUUCUUUUGCGCAUGCGUUAAGUAAUUGCGGGUACCAAAUGCUGCAUGGCUAUCGCUAACCGUCGUCCUGGCGUUGUGGUCUUGUACGGUAGCGUGGCAGCAGCAGCUGUGUAUAGCUGCCGGUAUGCCUACCGGUUGGGCAGUCAGUCAAACUGCGUGUUUUCAGUCGGUAUGGCUCUUUGCUGCGUACGUGUUGCGAAAUGGACGGCAGGCAAUGCCGGUGGUUCUGACAUCGACUACCGGUACAGAGUGUGUUGAGAGGAUGGCAGUGGCAAGUUGAUGCGUGUGGGUGUGGUACUUCUGGGACGCCCUGCGGACGUUCAACAUGACGAUGAUUUGAUUGUUUCUUAUAGGGACAGUAAAAGGAUGUCUUGAAAGGGAGGGAAAACGAGGGAAGC